AGAUAAAAAAUACUUGUUUUUCUUGAUCAUCAUUUGUGUUAAUGUAACUACACUACCCGAAAUGCUUUGCGCAUAACCUAUUGACGACGUGGCGCAGACAACCGACCGGGUUGAUUUAAACUUGAGCAAGACGAGGAGUAUUUUAGGCAAUUUUAGAUCAACCCGAAAUUUAAUUAAUAGCUAAUACGUGCAUAGGUUAAAGCAACGACUAUUAUUGGAAAACAAACGUUUGAAUUCAAGUGUAUGAUGUCUGGCAAAAUCAAGAGCCGAAGCGCAGCAAAUGCCGACUCGUUAUCUGGAAGUGUGUCUUGCGAUGAGCGCAUUUUACGGGACUGUCAUCAGUUGUACAUGGAUACAGACAGUGGGCUCAUAGCAGUGGCCCAAUCAGUCGGCGUUACUCUACUGCCCCCCAGGAAAAAGAUCACGGUCAUGUUGAUGGGCAACCACUCUGCCGGCAAGAGCUCAUUCAUCAACUGGUAUGUGGAGGAGCACAUCCAGCGGACGGGUGUGGCCAUUGAGACACAAGGCUUCAGCUUUGUCACUAGUGGGCGCAAGAGAGAGUCUCUCACAGGUAAUGCAACGCUCCACCUGUACCCACACUUCAAACCUCUACAUGAGAUUAAAGGUGUGUCUGAGUAUCUGGGCACUGAGAUCUGCACGUCACGGCAGAAGCGUUUCAGCCUGGUAACAUUUGUGGACUCUCCUGGUCUGGUGGACGGCGACAUGAAGUACCCCUUUGACGUGGACCAAGCCAUCAUGUGGCUGGGUGAGCUGUGUGAUCUCAUCCUGGUGUUCUUUGACCCUAUGGGACAGGCGCUCUGUAAGCGCACCCUCAACAUUGUGGAGAAACUCAACGAGAAGCACAGUGAACGCCUGCGCUUCUACCUCAGCAAGGCAGACGAAGCUGGAGGAGAGUCGGACAGACAGAGGGUCAUGAUGCAGAUUGUCCAGGAGCUAUGCAAGCGGCCAGGACUCAACAAGUGUGGCUUUGACAUGCCCACCAUCUACGUGCCCAACCCGAACAAGCCCAGUCGCUGCGUGAACCAGAUUGAGGAGGUGUGCCGCACCAUUGAAAAGACCAUCAACCAGACGGUUCAGAACACCCUCAACUCGCUAGAGAAAGACUGUGAGCUCAUCACUGAGGCUAUUGCAGACACGCUCAGCCAAGAUAGGCAGACCAGUGUUGGUAACCGGCGAGCCCGCUGUAAGGGCUGCAUGCUGGCGCUGCUGGGCUUCAGUGUUCCCUUGAUGCUGAUGGCAGGUCUGGUGCUGGGCAGCCUCUCUAGAGAGCUACUGGAGAUGGUCUUGGGGAAGGGUGGCACCGAGGCCCUCUCUGUCUACCUGACUCCUCUGGUAAAAUUUUUUGAUUCCAUGUCUGUGGAGUACCAGCUGUACAGCUGUGGCGGACUCGUCCUCCUCUCUUUCAUCCUCCUCCUCCUCGCCCGCUUCUCCUUCAGGACUCACCCUACUCUCUCUGGACGACAGAAGAGGCAGCUACAGGAAAAGCUGGAUUAUGUUCAGGAUGUGGUGAAGGCCAAGAAGAAGAAGCUCUAUGAGGAGUAUCUUCGCCAGAGUGUGGGGGAUCAGGAUAUGGCCUGAUGGGUUGAAGCAGUGGGCUGAAGGAAAUAUUGAAGAAAACCACUGAAGUCCCAAUGAACGUCCCCACUUUAGAAGACCCAAUAUUCCUGGUCAUAUUCUAUGCUGCAUUCAUGACAAGUCAGAAAUAUCAGAAUCUUAAAAAGAACACCAGAUUAUUUGCAUAGAGCUUCCCUUUGGUUAAUAGUCAUGUUUUCCAAGUUGCGAACUCAUGCCUCAUCUUUUGACAAAUUACCAACCCAGAAAUGUUCUGAGUUGUCUUGGAUGCACCAUUUGUCCUUCUCUGGGCCAUGCAGGGUGAUGUGGGAAAUGUAGUCCUUGUGUAAGUCUUGUUAGCCCAUUGUCUCUUCAUUGAUGUAACUGUAAAACAGAGCACCUCAAUUUCAGAUUUUGUAACCUGUUAGUUGCACUGACUGAAAUAUAUUUUUUUCACUACCAUGUUUCCUGAAUUAUGUUUUUCAUCUUCUAAUGAUGGAUUGCAAACUAGCCUUUCCUCAUAUCAUGCGACCUAUACUUUUGAAAAACAUAAGAUUGGGUUUACACCCUUAGAUUGCCAUUCAUAAAUCUUUUACAAUCUGGAUGUUUUGGUAUCUACAACUGCGUGUUUAUACCCAGGCUUCCACAUUUCAGGCUCAGGAAACGUCUGUGGUGCAACACAAUAACAGCAUUAUUUAGUGCUUCUACACUUAUUUUUUUAUCAACAUUUCUGAAUGUCCAUGUUAUACUGUAACUUUAUUAAGUUUGGCAUUAUUUAAUCAAAGUUUUACUUACCCUUCAGUGUUGUUAUUGGCUGUGAUAUUCCCCUACUGAUUUCUUACCCCCGCUUGGCAUUGUCAAAAUGCCAAAACUGUUUUGACUUUGUUAAUAUGAGAUACACAAUUUAGUGUCCAUUUGUAUGUAAAUAAUUUAAUUUGUGAAAUAUUUCCAGUAACAAAAAACAUGCUUUUUAAAAUUGCAUAAGGUAAUAUACCUAGUUUGCACUUAAUUUUUUGUGUACCAGCGGUUUCCCCCAGAGUUACUUACAGUGCAUUUCUCUUAAUAUACAACUCUGGAAAAAAUUAAGAGACCACUGCACCUUUUUCAUUCCUUUCCAAAAAAGUUGAAAAGGGAAGUUUU